AUGGCUUCUUAUAUCAAUCAAUAUCGACUUUGGGGAAUUUUAGGCGUUGUAUUUAUUUUGCUCUCAGGAUUUAUAACUAGCUUAGAUGCCAUGAUUCCACAACCAAUAUAUAAGUGCGUCGGCAACGGGACUUGCACAAACAAUAUAGAUUGCACAAACACAUGCUCUUUUUUCGGAUAUAAGAAAGGUGAGCUUCCUCUACCAGAACUACCAAUGUUGAAAAGAUCUAUCGACAUACCAAAGAGGCCUAAAAGUAAAAAUAUAAAAUCAGAAGAUAGGCCUAGAAGUGGAACCCGCAAGGUUAAAAGAAGAUAUAUGAAAUGA